AAUUUUCUUGAGCGGUCAUGAAGUUUACUCUGCCCAUUCUUACUUCAAAUGCAGCGGAGAAAGGAACAUUUUCCUUGUGUAAACUGGGACUGACUGCAAAAACCUGUUAAAUAUUGACUUUUUAAAGGCUAAAACUAACUGCCAGUUGCGCAGUAAGUCAGUCUUCCAAGAAAAUAUACUUGCGAGGGUGUUUGAGAGAGUACCAGGGAGCCUGCAACAGCUGGUGAGGUAUCCGAGGGCAGUACGCGCUGACACCUAAGAACACGACUGCUGCAAGUGAGGAGAGAACCUCUGGUCGCGAUUUCCUUGUUGGAUAUAUUUACAGGGGUGUGGAGACAUUGGGAAAGGAACUUUUUCUGUAUUUUGAUCAGAAAGCUUUAAGGAUUCACUUCGGUAUGAAUGGUUCCAUGCGCAUUAACCCUGAUGGAAGCAAAGACAGAAAUGGGGCACUACCAGUUUUGGAGAUACAGCUUACAGAGGAUACCAUUUGUUUUUUUGAGGUGACAGUGGAGUACAGAAAUGCAGCUGAGAGUAAGCAGAAAGUGAGAAUGAUGAAAAGCUUGGAUGUUUGUUCUCCAGAGUUUAACUUCUUAAGAGCAGAAAGUGAGAUUAAGCAGCAGAAAACCCGCAUGUUGUGUGAUGUGUUACUGGAUCAAGCAGUAUUACCUGGAGUGGGAAAUAUCAUAAAAAAUGAAGCACUGUUUGACAGUGGUCUUCAUCCAGCUGUUAAGGUUUGCCAACUGACAGAUGAGCAUAUACGUCACUUGGUGAAAAUGACACGUGAUUUUACCCUGCUCUUUUAUAAGUGCCGUAAAACUGGGUCUCCACUCUUCAAACACUACAAAGUGUACAAGCGCCCAACCUGUGGUCAGUGCAAUGGGAAGAUCACUGUAUGUCGUUUAGGAGAGAAUAACAGGAUGACUUACUUCUGCUGUCGAUGUCAAAAGGCAGAUCUCCACCUCGUCAAUAUUAGCACACUGCCAACUCGAAAUAGCCUAAUUGGCUGGGCAUAUGGCAGGGGGUCAUGUCCUAAUGAGCAUGUAGCUCAGAAAUCUGAAGAGGAGUGGACGUGUAUGCGCUGUACCCUAAUAAACAAGCCUUCUGCUGACAUUUGUGAUGCCUGUUUGACAUCAAGGCCUACAGUUCCAAAGACAGAGAAUGUUGAAGAUUCUGCAGCCUUUAACAUAAAGUUAAUUAAGUACCCUUGUAAUGAAUUCAGAAAACCGAGCACAGAAGUAAAGAUCAAUAGGAAAGCUGCAUUUGGAAGUACAACUCUCGUCUUAACAGAUCUUGGUAACAAAGCUGUUCUGAGAACUGAUACCCAAAUACCUGAUGGACACUCUCAGCAUGUUGCUUCAAAAAGCAAUUGUAAACAAACCCAACCCAAUGUCUACCAGUCAGGGGGAAGCACAGACAAGGACUGCUCAACACAUGUAACUGCUCUGGCUUUGUCUUCCUGUCAGCAACCUCUCUCUUUCAAACACGUACAGAAGAAACAGAAAACCAAUCAUACACCCUCGGUUCACCAAUAUAACACAGCAAUCAGCACACCUCCAGCUAAUAGGACAGAUGACGGCCGUACGUUAAGCACGGGCCAUCCUCGCUGCAGUAAACACAGCCGCCUCUGCAGCCUACAAGUUGUGAGAAAGGACGGAGAAAACAAGGGCAGGCAGUUUUAUACCUGCCCUCUGCCCAGGGAAACGCGCUGUGACCACUUCCAAUGGGCUGACUUGGAUUUUCCAUUCUGUAACCACGGCAAGCGAUGUGUUAUGAAGACUGUGCUGAAGAUUGGUCCCAAUAAUGGAAAGAAUUUUUUUGUGUGCCCUCUUGAGAGGGAAAAACAGUGUGGCUUUUUCCAGUGGGCAGAAAGUGGGCCAGGUAUGCAGGCUAUUCCUUGAUGUUGAUGUUCUAGUUACCUGCUUAAGUGCAUACAGCUUUCCCUGUAAUUCGUUUUGUCUUUUUCCCUGUUCACUGGGUAAUUAGUAAAACAGCUCCAACAACAUAAAAAACUGCAGAUCUGGAAAGAGUCAUUUUACAUAGUCCUAUAGAAAUUAAACACUACUUGUAUGCUGCAUACUAUUUUGAAGUAAACAUCUAGCUUGCAAUAUAUUGUGACGUUAUAUUUCUAAUAACAAUAUUGAACUUUUAUCACAUACAUGUCACUGCUGUGCUGAUAAACUUCAUAUGUUCAUAUAAAGCAUAUGUGAUUUAUAGAAUUGAUAACUUUAAUUUAGAUUAUUUUACACUGCUACACUUCCAUAAAUAUCAAUGUAUUUAGUAAAGGUGAACAAAAAAAUAUACUUAUUUUAAUACCACUUAAUGCAUUAUUUCCUCAGAGCUUAAAAUGAAACAGCAAUGGACUGUACAAUUCAAAUGUUACCACAGUUGAAUGUGUGACCUUGCUUACAUUUGGAAGAUAAAGACAAAAACUGCCCUAAAAUUAAUACCAUGAGUACAGUUUUCUUAAUUACAUAUUUUAAAUCCAGAUCUUAACAUUUUAUUCUAGUCGCUUCUGAACCUUUUUCCCCCAAUCCAUGUGUAAAUGCAUAAUAAAAUCAUACCCCUCAGGUGGUUAAAACUCA